CCGCUUCUUGCCCUCUGAGUGCAGUGCGUGUGGAGAGAUAGGAGACAUGGCAGCCAGGGGAGUGAGACUCUUCAGGCAGAGCUUUGGCGCAGUACUGCGGUCGGCACAGACACCGGUCCGAACAUGCCCCCGGCUGAUGUGCACAGCAACAAAAGAGCAAAACAAUCCCACCCAGGACGAGGAUAAGAGUAAGAACCAGACUGAGGAAAGUCCUGAUCAGGCUGCCACAGAAAAGGCCAAACUAGAAGAUCAGAUCAAAGACCUCACUGACAAAUAUAAGCGGGCUUUAGCAGACACAGAAAACUUGAGGCAAAGGAGUAAGAAAUUAGUGGAUGAAGCUAAAUUAUAUGGUAUCCAGGGCUUCUGCAAGGACCUGCUGGAGGUUGCUGAUAUCUUGGAGAAAGCAACAGAAAGUGUUCCAAAAGCAGAGAUCAAGGCUGAAAAUCCUCACUUAAAAAACCUGUACGAAGGGCUCAUCAUGACUGAAGUGCAGAUGCAGAAAGUGCUCAAAAAGCACGGGGUGGUCAAGCUGAAUCCAGUUGGGGACAAGUUUAACCCUUAUGAACAUGAAGCCUUGUUUCAUAGUCCUGUUGAGGGAAAGGAGCCGGGCACCGUGGCCCUAGUAACCAAAGUAGGAUACAAGCUUCAUGAACGUACCCUGAGGCCUGCGUUAGUUGGGGUUGUGAAAGGACCUUAACUGAUUUUUUUUUUUUUUCUUGUUUUUUUUUUUUUUUUAAUAAACAAUGUUUAGAUAUUAAAUGGCUGGGGUUUCUUUUAAAGUUGAAAAAUCUUCCCCAAACCUUCAUUCCGGUAAUCUCCAAUAUGUAUUUAUAAAUGCCAGGCCUAUAAAAUGUAACAUUUACAUGACUGUGAGUUUAUAAAUGUUUUUAUACCUUCUUCAUUCCAAUUGUUGUGCCUCACUCAUUAGAUAAAUAAAGGAUAUAUACACGAGCUUUAUAAUCAAGAAUGGAGUGGAAAUCACUGAGGCCAAAUACAGCCAAGGGGAAAUCUAUAAACUGACCAGUUAAAGUACUGCCGCUACCCUCGUCACCACCUCUAUAGCCACAUAUCGUAGAAUUCUGGACUAACAAACACACUCAUUAUUGGCAGCAAGUUUGGGGAAUAACCAUAAAAGGAAGCAGACCCAGUGAUAACUGGUGUAGCCUGCCGGUAUAGGGGGCCCAAUGGGGUACUAACUGAUGAGCUGUUUCAGUGUGUAUAUUUCCAGGGGCCCUAAAAUAAUAUUGCUGGGAGCUUAGCCACAUCCAGUUAUAGCACAGGUGAAGUCUAAGCCAGAGAGUGCCUCUAUUACAGGAGAGCUAUUGAUUGGAGACCUAAGAUAUUAUUGGGUUGUACAGUAUAACUGCGCUUGGAAUUGAUUCUAUAUAUAAUCUCCCAUGCAACAGUGCAAAAUUGUAUCAGUCGCAGGGAUAUUUUCUUCUGAAUAAAACUCACAGUUUAUAGCAAG